AGAGCCCAAGUCAGCUCUCAGAGCCCCCUAAAGAGGUAGAAUCCUCUCCAGUCCAGCAGACAGUCCCUGCUCAGUCUUCAGCGACUCCUAUGGUGGUGGAACCCUCUCUGACAAAGCAGGUGAUCUCAUCUUCACCUCCAGAAAGCCUGGAGGACAUGGGGCCAUCUCCAAUCCUGCAGGGGGGUCCCACUCAGCCUCCGGAGCCCCCAAAGGAGGCAGAACCUUCACCAAGCCAGCAGGCAGUCCCAGCUCAGCCUCCAGAGCCUUCUGAGGAGGUUGUAGCUGAAUCUCCAGUGCAUCAUGAGAUGACAGUUCCAACACCAGGUCAGGGUCAAGCUCAGUAUCUGACAUCGCCCAGUGUCAGUGUCACAGUUCAACCUUUGGACUUGGGACUUUUCUUAUCUACAGAACCCAGGAUGAAGGCUGAACCUUCUCCAACCAUGCAUGAGACCCCAACUCAGCCUCCCGAGGAAGUUGUUGUAUCAACCUCCAGUUAUCGAGAGGUGACAGAUCCGACACCAGGUCAGGAUCAAGCUCAGCAUCCAGUUCUGCUUGGUGUUACAGACCAGCCUCUGGACCUGGGGCUCACCAUCACUCCAGAAUACACUACCAAGGCUGAACAGUCAACAGCCCUGAAAGUGACCACAGCUCCUCCAUUGUCCCUUGUGGUGACACAUCCAUAUCCAGACCAGAUUCAGACUGAGCAUCCAAACCUGACUCAACUCACAGUUCACCCUCUGGUCCUGCAAGUGACCGUUCAGACUCAGCAUGCAAACCUGACUCAAGUCAUAGCUCAGCCUUUGGAUUUGGAAUUUGCCACAACUCCAGAGCCUACUACAGAGGUUAAGCUUUCUCUAACUAUGCAGGAGACCCCAACUCAGCCAGAUCGGGGGCUUACCGGUGACUGCAGCUGUGAGAGCAUCGAGAUUGUACAUCUCUCAUUUCUACAACAAGGAAAUAAAUCAGUGGCAGAUGGGAAGUGA